UUUUUGGCUAGUCUCGGCUAAUCUCCACACAACCAGUUGGCACUGCUCAUUCGAACCACAAAGACAGCCACAGUCUACAGCUAAUAACCGGAUUACUUAAAAAUUCGCGAGCAAAACGCGAAAGUGAAUAGCAUAAAAAAGAAGUGAAUUGUUUUGUUUGAAUUAAAAAAAAAAAACAACAAAGAUUUUCAACCUCAUAAAAUGCAAUCCCAAAUCGAACUUGUGGAAGUUAGUUUGAGUGCACCAAAUACACCGAUUACACCUAGUACCAGUACACCGGAUAAGCGUUUCGACCAGGCCACCGAUGCAAUUUUAAAUUAUGUUCUCGGCGAUACGGUACGUGAUCGUGAUGAGGAGGAUGCGGGUGUGGAAGAAUCCGUGACGAGACGCCAACAAACCCGCACCGCUUGGGCACCGAAAGCUGAGGACGAUGGAAAGCCACAUGUACGUUACUUUGCCGUCGGUCCAAGCACCUAUCAGAUACGUUGUCCACUCUGUAAGCAACGUGCUGACACCGAAACCGUACAGAUGAGCGGCAUCCUGGGUCAUCUCAGCUGUUUGCUCUCCACGUUGUCGUGCUGUUUUCCAAUAUUCUCGCUGUCAUUUGUAUACCUCUGCCUGCAGAGUCGCUUGAAGAGCAAACGUAUGUUCUGCAAUAGAUGCGGCGGUCAUUUGGGCUUCUACUGGCGACCUACUUGAGUUAGAUGUUUUUAUUUUUGUACCCUUUAGAUGUAUUUUAGUAAGUCUUCCAAUUGUUUCAGUCCAUUGUUUGCAAAUAAUUUUAGGAAUUUUUAUCAAAUAUUAUAACGGUAAAUAUAAUAUAU